AUGGGGCAAAUGAAUAUGUUGUCCAGGUGUUUUUAUUAUGGAAUCAUCUCUCGAUCAAGCUCAACUAACGCUCCAGCUCAAUUAUUUCGAGGUAAAAAUUGGAUACAGCAAAAAGUGAAGUUCGAUAACCUUCCUAAACAAGAACUCUCAACAAAUGUAAUUGUAUUUAGUUUUGACAAGAAUAGUAGUGACAAGAAUAGCAUAUAUGCCACUGAUAAGAACUUUCAAAAUACUUUGGACAAUGCAAUGAAACUUGUUUAUAAUGAAAAAAUGAUUGCAUUCAAUGAAGAAGAAGCGACAAAUAAGUUUAAUGCAUGGAAGAAAUUGAGAGAUUAUAUAUAUUCACAAUUACACGACAGCGAUUUGAACAACGUAUCUAAAGUUUUCAAACCUACAUUGACAGAAUAUUUUCUGUCUUCAUCGCCUUCUAAUUUAUUGGUGAAACUUCAAAAUAUCAAUAAAAUUGAGAACGUCGUCUGGAUGAAAUUAAAAGAACAUAAACUAAUAAACUUUGAUCAAUAUAAUCAGAAUAUUACAGAGUUGCAAAAAUACGUUUAUUUGAUAUCGAAUGCGUUUGAUCAUGUCUAUGACAAAGAUAUACUGAUAAAACAGAAACCUCCAUAUGAUUCACUACAAGAAAACAAUAAAAUAUCAACCAUAUUAAAUCCGGCAGAAUGGUUUCCAGAAGCUAGGAAAAUGAGAAGAAAUAUUAUAAUGCAUUUAGGACCAACAAAUUCAGGUAAAACAUAUAGAGCAUUACAAAAAUUGAAAAGUGCUGAAGUGGGAUACUAUGCGGGACCUCUUCGACUUUUAGCCAGAGAAGUUUACGACAGAUUCAAAACUGAAGGUUUAAGAUGUAACCUUCUAACUGGUGAAGAAAUUAUUGAAGAUUUGAGUGAAAUAGGAACCCCCGCUGGAAUCACAUCAGGUACAAUUGAAAUGGUCUCUAUGAGCAAAACUUUCGAUGUUGUCGUCCUGGAUGAAAUCCAGAUGUUAGCUGAUAAUGACAGGGGCUGGGCUUGGACAAAUGCACUAUUAGGCGUGAAGGCAAAAGAAGUUCACUUAUGUGGUGAAAAAAGUGCAUUGCCGGUAAUAAAGAAAAUCGUUGAAUCCACUGGUGAUAACUUGAUUGUGCAUGAAUAUGAUAGACUUGGGAAUUUAAUAGUUGAAAAAUCACCGAUGAAUAACGACUUUAAAGGGUUAAGGAAAGGUGAUUGUGUUAUUGCUUUUUCUAAAAAGAAAAUAUUAGAUCUAAAAUUGACAGUUGAAAGGGAAACUAAAUUAAAAGUUGGUGUCAUAUAUGGGUCCCUUCCGCCAGAGACUAGAGUUCAGCAAGCCAGGUUGUUUAAUAACGGUGAAUAUGAUGUGCUCGUUGCUUCUGAUGCAGUUGGUAUGGGUCUGAAUUUAGCUAUUGAUCGUGUUAUAUUUACCACUGAUCUAAAAUUCAACGGCAAGGAACUUCAAGAGUUAACAUCAUCAAACAUUAAGCAAAUCGGCGGCCGUGCGGGUAGAUAUAAGCAUAACGACAGCAGUAACGAAGUGGCCAUUGGUAAAGUAACUAGUUUCCAUGGCGAUGUUUUAACAACAAUAAGAAAGGGUAUGGAAGCACCAAUUGAAUACAUCGAAAGUGCUACAAUCUGGCCGACCGAUGAAAUUUGUAUUAGAUUGAUGACAAGGUUUGCUCCCUCUACAAGCUUAUCCGACAUUCUUGAAUUGAUUGCAUUACAGUUAGCACAGAAUUCAAACAAUCUGUACAAAUUAUCUGAAUUAAGAAAUAAACUGACUGCCAUUAAAAUAUUUGAGGAUAUGGAAGAUAUACCAUUUGUCGAAAAAUUAAAACUGAGCAAUGCUCCUAUAAAAGAUGUUCCAUUGGUUAAGAAAGCAUUCGCAUAUUUUUGUGAAACAAUAGGUAAGAGACAAACGAAAACAUUAUUAUCAUACGACUUACCAUUUGAUAUAGUUAAAUACAGUUGUAUCCCACAGGAAAAAUACAAUCUAGAAAUGUAUGAAGCCUUGUAUAACAUUGUCACUUUGUUUUGUUGGUUAGGAAAUAGAUACCCAAAUUAUUUUGUAGAUUUAGAGGCUGCAAAACGUUUAAGAAUCACCAUUGAACUGAUUAUAUUUGAAAAAUUAGAUAGAUUAAGAAAAAACCCAUAUGAGCAUAACUUGCAUAUGCGGAAACUAAAAGUUCCACGUCAAAAAAAAUGGCUAUGGAGUUAA